CUAGCCACUAGGACAAAAUAAAUCAAAACUGUAACCUCACAACCUUGAAAGUGUCUCAAGUUUUAAGGAGAGAGGAACAAUGACGAUAAAAGUGGUUGUUAGUGUGUCAAUGAAUGGAUAUCAAUCUCCACCAAGUAUGGAGAAUUGUAUUUUAGGUUGUUUGAAGCCAAUGGUACCUUGCCUGGUUAAAGACACUACUCGUAAAAAAAAAAUCAUGACCAUUGCAGCAACUUUACCAGGAGUGGAGAAAAUAAGUAUAGAAGAAGAGAAGAACUUGUUGUGUGUGACAGGAGAGAGAAUAGAUACAGUGAAGCUAGUGAAUAUACUUAGGAAAAAAAUUGGAUUUGCUACAAUUGUGAACCAAGGUGAAGAGGAAAAAGAAGAAAAACCUGCUGAUAAGAAUAAGAAAGAAGAACCAGUAGUGAUCUAUAAUAAUAGAGUAACCCCAAUGGUUAAAAUGUGGGAAAUUGGAGAUCCAUAUUAUAACAACAAGUACUCUUGCUUUCCAUUUUGGUGGUGAUGCCUCUCAUCAAAAAAUAGGAAGAAUCAUACUCUUCUCUAUUCCAUUUUGUGUAAUGUAAUAGAGUAUUAUGUUACUGGUGGUGGAGCCAGAAUACUCAUCGAGGGGUGUCAAAAUAUAAAGAGAUAAAUUCACAAAGAAGUCAAGGAGUGACAUAUCUAUACGUUAAAAAAAUAAUUUUGCCUAGAUAUAAUGUAAUUUUCUUACGAAGGAAUGCCGAUCAUUGAAUAUGACUGUUCGAAGAGUUAAACAA